AUGACGUCAUCCGUGGUGGGCGACGACGACGAAGAGCUCGAAGACGUGCCGGAGCGCGUCCGAAGAGGGGUCAUCUCGAGGGAAGUCGACGUCGAAAAGCUUCAGAAGACGUCUUCGGAUAGAAUCGCAGACGAAGCAGAGGAAGUUUCUUAGCAGCACACGGAAAGGGUCCUUCUCCUCUGACACCGCUUCUGCCGAGUUCGACUUUUCUUCCUGUGGACUCGUUAUCAAGAACAAUGCUCAACCCUAUGUAUAUGAAGCAUCGGCCUUCGUCGGUCUCUAUAGGACCGCCCAGUUCGCCGCCGUCGCUGCACAAUCUCAACCAGCUCGCCGCUGGUGGCGACGUCGAACAGCUCAGGUUGGCUCUUCCUUGAUUGUUGGACUUCUUCAGUCGAGGAGAAGUUAGAAGAACUAUUUUUUAGUGAAAAUUGAGAAGGCGUACUGUUUGGACUGGAUUCGAAUGAUAAUUUAUCUUCCCUCAUGUCGUGCAGAUUUUGCAGCUCAUUCAAAUUAUCUAAACCUUCAAUUUCUCCUUUUUUUUUAAAAUUUUAUAGCUAAGAAUGGUACUUCAGUUGAAAAAAAUAUAGACGAUUGCUCGAAAACCAGUAAUUUUUCUGAAAUCAAAUUUGAGCGUUCUUUUUUUAUAUUCUCAAUAGGAUGAUUAAAAAAAUUAUCAAUGAAUUUCCCUCCUUUGUAAUUUUUCCAUGACUUCAAAACUCUAUUCAGAUACCUUUUUAUAAACGCGUGUUUAUAUUUUAGAACUAAAUGUCAAGUUUUGUUCAAACAUUGUUCUUUUAAUGGAGUUGGACUUCCGCAAGUGAAAUAAGAUAUUUCUUGAGAUUUUUUGCCCAAAAAAGGUAUUAUUGCUCGGGAAAAUGGAUUUAAAGUCGCUACUAGGAACCGUCGUUAUCUUUUUGUAAGUUCAAGUUUUCACAAUUCGUGCUCAGUGUUACCGUUUCAUGCUUUUCAAUUUAUUUUUUAUCAAACCGUUUUUUGGAACUUUCGAUACAAUUUCUUUUCAAGUUUUAUAAUAAUGUACUGAAUGAAAACCAAUGUCUUUCAGGAGAACGUCCGUCAAAUUUUAAUGUUGAUGUUCAAAGUGUUUUCUAGAUAACUUUCUUGAAUAGCUGGAAGUGUUACCAUCCUAAUCAGAAAAAAAUGUUUUCGUUUUUUUUUUGUUCUUGCUAGUUUGUACCUCAAUACGUAGUGAUUCGAGUAUAAAAAAAUCAUUUUUUUAUUCUAGCUGAAAAAAAUCUCUUUUUUUGAAGAAAUCAGUGAUUUCAUUUUCAUUUGACCAUGGACUUGCUGGCAAAACGACGAGAAUCUGUUUGGUCGCUAGGUAUCUUUCACCUCCUUUGGAAGAGGAACAACUUGGCCACCAAAAAAUAACUCGGGAUGCUGACAAAGCGCAAGAGUAGUAGUAGUAGGCAAUCGAAGUGAUUGGGUGCACGGCAGAGGUGGCGGCGCCGAACUCGUGAAUAAUUCCGCGACGAUGCGCCGCCGCCGACCUGAUCCUCCAGUCUCGCCAUGAACCUGCAGGGCCGGCUCUCGUCGGCCCACGACGUCUCCCGCUUCCACUUGUACGCUUUUUAACAGUUUUUUUUUCCAACUUUUUAUCUAUCCCAUCUUAAAUGUAAUUCAGUUAAGGUUGAACUGGACUUGAAAAAGGUAAGGGACUGUAGCUUUAGCUCAGGUUUAGACUUUUAUAUCUAGAGGGAGUUAAGAUUUUUGUAGAGUACUGUACUGUUCUCCAUGGUCUGCUAACAUAUCUCCCCUGUCACCCAUUUUGACAGUUGCGACGAAAUAGAAGCCUUGGUCCAUCUUGAGAGGAUUUGAAUCAGCGAGACGAUCCUUAGCAACUAAGCUGCGCGUCAUAUACAUUGUUCAAGUAUUUUUUUUUAACUUUAACGUUCACUUGGAGAUUGGAAUCUUGGCUAAGAAAAUAAACAUCAGUGGUCUAACCUUCGACGUGAUCUAUUUCUUAAUCACGUCUAUUCACAUACUCAACAGUCUUCACCGCUGCCAUGGUACUUGUACAUAUCGGAGCGAUACCUGAUUUAUUUUUGUUUUUAAUACGAAAAUUUUAAUGCGAGAUUUGUUGAAAACACAUUUUUUUUUCUUCUAACUCAAAAAGAAUACCUGAAAGUUUAUCAAAUUUUCGAAUCGAAAAACCUCUUUCAUGCUUAGUAGGCUUCAGGCUUGUAAGAAUAUCGAAGCCUAAGGAUUAUUUUUUCAAUAGACCUUCUCAUAAACUUGUUUUUUAUUAACUAUUAUAUACUUUCUGAAUAUAAGUAAUUUUAUUUCAAAGAAACCCGAUGAUAAUUUCUACUUCCUGCUCUUUUCAUUUUAUUAAUUCAUUCAUAAGUUGAAUCGAGAGAAUUUUUCUCAUGUUGUUGUUUGAUGAAUCGCCCACCUGCGAAUGUUCCUCGGUGUCCAUCGCUCAAAAUUCCUCGACGACCGAACAGCCGGACCUUCGUCAAUGUCUUCAUUUUAUUGCUGUCCUAAGCUUUUUGUAACACGCCACGCUAAUCGUUAAAUGAGUAGGCUUGGGAAAAUGAAAGGCUCGAGUCUAGUUGAAAUACCUUUUUCUCAAAAGUGCAGGGUACCUCUGGAAAAAGUUGAAAAGGAAGGAACCGAGGGAAAACUUUGAGUGGAUGUUCACGUAGGAAUUCUUUAGGACUUUGAAAGAGACGUUGUGUUCUCGAUUUUUUAAAGGAAAAAUAAGCGAUGGGCGAGGCUCAAUAAAAGAGAAAAAUUCGGAUAAUUUUGAGAAAAAUUGAUUUUUUUUUUAAUAGCGCGAAAAAGCUUACAUGUGUGGGCGUUCCUCAUUCUGAGGUCUGAAAAAUAAUCCUUUUUGUUUGAAAUUGAUGAUUUUUCUGAUAAAAAGUUUUUUUAAUCGCCAGUCAAGUUUGAUUCGCACACUGAUUUAUUUUUUGUUGAACAAAUCGGAAAACUCCUUUUUUUUCAAGUUUCGAUGGUUCCAAUUAGAAAUUCCAAAGUUCUUAAGAACUUGCGUACGACUUGACGAACUUCAAAAUAGCCCACUUCCUGAUUUUUGCAGCGAGUUCUUUUUGGCCUCUCACAACGUACGUCACCGCAUUUGUUUGCCUAAAAAAGGCAAGGAACUGAGCCGUCGAAGAACACAAAAAUGCUCCCCCUACAACUGGCUCUCGUAAGCUUCCCAUACGUCUUUCUGGACAUAAUUUCUCGCCUUCUCUCUCCAUCUUUUCCUCACUUUUCUUCCGAAAACCGAACGGGUUCCGAUGGAAAUUAUCUGGGCUUUUUUCUGAGAAAGAAAAGAAAAACAUCUUAUUAAGCUCGAGUCCGCCGUUCUACAACUUAGUUGAGAAAAAAUUGUGAGUUUUUUCUUUUCAGAGGUUCACGAAUAUUUAGCGCUAAAAUCGAGAAAUGAGAAUAAAGAAUGAAAGAAUGAAAAAACACAAACCAUACACGAUUUUGCUCCUAAGAUCGGAAUGAAAUUUUUGUAUUUUUAUUUUUAUUUUAAAAGAUAUGACUGUGUAUGAUUUCAACUCGCAAUAUUCUUCCCAAGUCCGGUCGUUUAUUCAAUUAGCAAUGGAGCGGCUGUCCCAUACAAAGAUUCUCACAUUGCUCAAUGCUGCAAAGCUUCACUCUUGCGUAUCUCAUCGAAGAAACUGGAGCUUUUGAUAGACCGAAAAGAUGGAUAAUUGACUUUUUUCUUGCGAGUUAAAGUUUUUCAGUAGGUUGCUCAAGCAAAUUUGACUUUUUGAGAGUAGUUUGUCUUACAAGUUAAUUGCGAGAAGAUCCAAAUCCUGCUGGAUUUAACUUGAACAUAUGAUUUCGGUCGUUUCCGGAAUUAGCCGUUUUUUACAGCCGUGUUUGUAAAUCAUUCGGCUAUUGGCGGCAUUUCAAACGCGAGCUUCACGUCAUUGGGAGGAGGGCUGAAAUAAUUUAUCUUUACAAGAUGGCCGUUCUGCGCACGUAGAGAACGCCGUGCUGAAAAUCAAUUUUAAAAAAAACGAACUAUUUUUGAGGAUUUUUAAGUUAAUUUUGGUUUACAAAAGGGAAGGGAAAGAAGGUUGUUUGCAACAGGAAAUAAGUAUCAUUAAAAUGACGUUUUCGAUUAUAUUUAAAUUGAAAGACUCUAUAAAAUGAGGAAAAACCACGAAAACUUAUUUUCUAGAACUUUUUCUGCGAAAUCAGAAUUUGGUUCUUAUGGAAGGACGACUGACACGUAACCCACGCCUCUCAUUAAUUGCUUAAAUUUCGAAAUAAAAAUAUAGAAUUUUUUUCAUUUUCCAUGUAAGGAUAUUGGCAAACACGUAAGCUUAAAAAAUUAGACCUGGGGACGAAAGAUGUACUUUAAAAAGAUGAAGUUACUGUUUCAGUGCCGAACGGUUGAACUUGUACUUGGACCGACAAGAGGGCGAGCUCGAGAACAUCGAUGAGGAAGGCGAGGAGAAGGAACCGGGAGUCAAGAAGAAAGUCUCGCGGCGAUGGAAAAGGGUGAACCAUUUCUCCAUUUAUACAGUUGUCUAAAAGUUUUGUUUUUUCUCUCAAGAUAAUUUCCUUCUAACUUUCAUGAAUUUCGACCGUUUUUCCAAAAGUUUUUAGGGCUUUUUGGCCUUUGUUUUUGAAAUUUUUAUCUCAGAUGUUUAGCUUAUCGCGUUUUUGUGAACUCUUCGGAGUGGAAAGACGAUGUUUGAAGGCCUUUCUCACAAGGUAUUGAUCAAAAAAAUAGUUUCAAAAGUAUUUUUUGACUACUUUUUUUUUCUAUAUAAUUCAAUUUCUUUCGUUUUUACUUUUUUGUUUUUAUUACCACCAUUUAUUUUUUCUUCUUCUAAGGUAUUUGAAGUCUUGAUUCCGCGAAUUUCAAACUGAAAAAAAAGGAAUUCAAAUGAUACUGUUUUUCUAAUCUCACAGUUUCUUAUUGAUAGUUUUAAAAUUUUAAUCCAUAACAAUCUAGGAAGGUUUUCACCAGUUUUUUUUUAUAUUUACAACAUUUUUCUCUGCUUUUUUUUUGGCUUGUUUUGGAUCAUUGUUACUCGAGCGACCUGUUUUUUGUCGACGAUGUUGAGAGGAGAUGGAUGGGUGUGCGAGAAAUUCGCACUGCUCGUCUUCUGGCUGAACCCCCGGGGGCAAACCGCGUACGCACGACCGGCGUGGAAAAAAAAACGAGUACCGCUAGAACAGCAUUGCUUCCAUUGAUUCAGCCUUCUGGGGAGAUUUCCGAAACAAGUUCUUGACAAAAGACAGAAAGUGAAAGCAAUAGGUUUGGCAAAAAUGAUGAGUGAGCCCAAAAAGUCGGAAUGUCUGCUCCACGGUUUGUCUUUCCUUAAAAAGAAAGACAUGAUUUUCAACUCCUUAAAAGGAAAAUAAUUCUCAAAAACUGCUUGAUAUUCUUCAUGAACAUCCUGUUCCAGCCAGUCAUGUUAUUUUCCCUUUUUUGCAGAACUUGCGGAUAGUGUUACCUCAUGUCGGUCUCGUCAUGCUCUCUACCGUCUACACGUUGCUUGGUGCCACCAUAUUUCACUAUGUCAGUUUUUUUUUUCAUUUCUUUUGGCAUUUUUGACUUUUUUUUUAAACGAAACUUACGCUCAUGGAAACGAAAAAAUGCUUUUUUUUGUACUAAUAAUCAGUUUCCUUUCCGGGAAAAAUAGGACAUUGUGAACAUUGAGAAUUUCAUGAGACUCAUUUAGCACGUCAAAGUUUUUUGUCUGUUUCAAAAAAUUGAUUUUCAUUUGUUAGCAAUAUCCAUAGGAGCAAAAAUUUUCGACGAAAAUACCUAAAAAUUUGAUAUUUAUGUGAUAGUCCGUAUGUUUGUAAUACCGAAGAAUCCGGAAAAGACAUAAAUUAGUUUUCGAUGAAUUCAAAGACUGAAAACUGAGGAUUUCUGCUUUUGACUUUUUCGCAGCCUUCAGUUAAGAUAGGACGAAAAGUCAGAUCUGUUGGGACCCCUUGUCAAGGAUAUCAGAACUAGUUACUGAUGACUUCAGUACGAGAAGCCGUUCGAAGAACAAUUGCGGAACGAGACGGCGCAUCGGGUGAACGGCUUGAAGACGCGCGUCAUCCGCCAGCUGUGGACCAUGAGCAGCAACGGAACGGAGUUCUCCGUCUGGCAACUCGUCGCCAACCAAGGGUGGCUUACUCAAUUCUUGUCAUAUUCCCACAGUUUGCUCUGAAAUAUUGAAGAUAGGCGGGAAAAAAGUGUCGAAAAGAAGAAAAGAUAGAAGUUGAGAAAUACUUUACCUCCGCUUUCAAAGAAUAGGAAUUGAAAAUUUUAUGUCUCAAGCCCGCUUUUCGAAUGUGAAUGAUGUUUUCAACGAUAAGCUGGAUUGAAUAAAAAACAUUUUUCGAGCCAUCGCCGUUUUUUUGACGCUCUUUUGUGUACUAAUAAAAAAUGUGCAGGAUGGACGAUCUGAUCCGCGACGUCUUCAUCGAUUACACACGCAACUACAUGACGCCAGAAGACGUCAUCACGGGCACGGGACCUGUCAAAUGGUCCUUCGGCUCGAGUAUUUUCUUCUCCUGGACCGCCAUCACUACAAUCGGUAUCUUUUGAUUUCAAUCUUCACUCGUCAGAACUUUUUUGUUCUUAAGAAGGGGCUUAUUAAAGAAUAAUUUUUUUGCUCAUUUGUUUUAACAUUCGGGUUUUAGUUAGCGUCCGAUGCGCUUCAUGAGGAAAAAAAAUUUGGAUAAGGGUAAAAAAUUGAGAGCGGUAUAGUUGACUUGCGGACCCUUUUUUGGACUUUUCUAGAAGAAUCAAGUAGAAUCAAAUCAACACGUUUCAGUCAGGCAGAUUACACUAAAGGUUCCUCUAUGGAAGCAGUAAAUUCUUAAAUUAUAAUUUCACGAACUAAAUUUUCUGUACCUAUUCAAACCGGGGGUAUUGGUUAUCUAGAGAAGAAUUUCCUGAAACCAUACAUGGGCAAGUGAAGAACUCAAUAAGUCCGGGAGGAGGGGUUGACUUUGAAAAUACUUAAUAAUACGUUUGAACUGCAGGGUAAUAGUAAUGACAAUAUAAAAUUAGGUCUCCACCUUCUGGAAGUAGUAUUAAUGUUAAUUUAGAAUGACUCAAGAGAAGGGGUCGGCGGCCAUCAAAAUUAGUCUGCCCAAUCAGUCCGGGAAGAAAGUUCGACUAGGCCUUGAGUUGGCCGGAAACUUUUCGGGUUGUCAUUAGCUGAGCCUCAUAUGUUAUGAUGCCGAGUUCGAUUUAAUUACGGCAGAAGAAGAAUAACCGUCAGAAAGGGGAAAACAUGGUUUCAGUGAGUUAGAGAUCAUUUCGAUUGAGUCGGAUGACUCUGCAACAAUUUUUCAUCGGAUUCCGGAGUUGGAAUUUCUAUAGAGCGGUUUUCAAUAGAUUAAUUCUCAUGAAGCCAUCCAGACGAAGAUCAUAUCGGACGCAUUUCCGCUAAUUUGUCCGGGGCGACACGCGGCGAGCUGUUUGUCGAGACAAGCAGAUGGAUGAGCCCGUGAAAUCGCGACGGUCUCGCGGGAUGCAUUUCAUUCGCGCAGUUUCUUUUUUCUGCUUGUUUCCUCCACAUCAAAUUCGCAUUGGGCAAUUGGCAUUAAGUGGGUAUCGAGACGGCGAGUUGCGUUUCGACUCCGAAAAUGGUGGUAGAUCAAAGGGACGGGCAGCCUCGCGGAUUCCCACCGGAUGCCCGCCAGAACGCCAUCAUUUGUCAACCUUGGCCGUCUUUUCCCACCGACUCGCAGCUCGUUUUCGCAACAACACCGAAUUCUUGGGGUUCCUCCUCGAUGAGUUCAAUCCGUUGCAAAACGAAAAAAAAAUUAUGAGAUGACUUCUUCAAAAAAACGCCUUUGAAGUUUUUUUUUGAGUUUUCUACUGCAAAAUAGUUGAUUAGACUGAAUUAAAGAACAGACAUUUUUGAAAAGGUAGCAGUUAUUAAUUAUCUGGUAGGCCUAAAGAUGACUUCAAAUGAAUAUAUUGGCUUUCUUCAGUCUGGUUUUCAAAUGUUAAACUAAAUAGACUGUGAGUUCUUGUAACAUACAACUUUUAAGGGGCAGUAAUUCGAAAAUUUAAAAUUUUGUGAAGGUUUUCGUAUUUUGCAUCGUAAAGUUUGGGAUCGACUGCAAAUUGAAGUGAACGUUUUUGCUGACUUCCAGAGAACGUGUUGCGAGAUUCAUGGACAAAAUUGUUUCCGCAUCAUAGUCAAAUCAUUUAUCGUGUUGUUUUAGUCAAAUGUAAUUGGCUAGGGUGAAGAAGAACUUUUGAAGUUAUAACGAUCAACCGCCUCUAGCGAACUAGGAGUCCAAAAGUGUAGUUGAUCAAGUUGAAAGCAUGGCAUUACUUUCCUUCGUCUUUUCCUUUUGCGCGUAGUUUCGCCUUGACAAACUCAGAGUAUAGCGGAGCUUGUGCCGGGGCCCAGAAAUAGGGUCUAGGUGAAAGCCUCGGAAUGAAAGCGACCACAGAAGAGUGAAGAUUUUACACGGAAAUAACAAUUUAAAAAAAAGUUUGAGGUUUUCUAAAAAGGAACUUUUUCAGGGUAUGGGCACAUAGUGCCUCGGACGAACGCGGGUCGCAUCGCCAUCAUCUUUUACGCCUUGUUUGGAAUCCCACUGAUUCUCGUUACCAUCGCCGACAUGGGUCGAUUUCUUUCCGGUCGGUCUUUUUCUCAAUGAAGCCUCAACAUUUUAUCAAACAUUUACAGGCGGCAUUAUUUGGGUUCACAAUACGUACCGGAAUUUCAUGGACGCUUGCUGUGCACAGUGUUGGAAAGCCUUCAAAUGGAUGUGCUGCCGAUUUCGUCGGAAACCGCGCCGAAACAUUCAGGUCUUCAUUUUUCAUUCAAAGUCUCCGAUUUUGGCAUCCAUUUUCGUUUUUUUUUUACUUCGUCCGUUCUAUUUUGCUCCUCAAAAUUAUUUUUUUUUACACCAAAACGUUCAAAACGUUUUUAUAUGGCAAUAAGCCGGAUUUUUUUUUUUAAAUUUUGUAUCAAUGUCUGUUUUGAGAAAUGUAUUUCUUUUACAAGCCUUCAGCAAAUGAAGUCUAGAAAUCGUUAAGGUUUGAAAAAGUCCUCUACUUAAAAAUUCAGAAUACUUCUUUUGUUAAAAAUUAAUGUGUUUCCCACCUUUUACUGAACAGGUUACUUUAUGUUUAUCAAAUUAACAGCUUGAGCAGCUCCGUCUUUAUUUUAUCUUCUUUAGAAUUUCAUUUUGAUUUUUCAAUCUUGCACAUUCCUAGAUUAAACUAAAUUUCAUUGUUUUUGGAUUUUGGAAAGUUCAGAUGCCGACAAUCGAACUUCUCCAACGCCAACAGAAGCUGUACAACAACAACAACAACGCGACUGUGGCGGCGACGGCUGCUUCGGGCGCAGCCAUCGGGUCUGCCAGGAAGAAACGUCAGAGGGGCGACAACGUCAGCGAGGCCGGCACCUUCGACGGUACUUUCUUCUUUUUCUUCUUCUUGCGACCACCAUUUCUGAGAAGACUGUUAAUCUUACAAAAAAAGGAGAAAAACCAUUUUGACUGAAACUAAGAAACGAAUUCAAUUGAUGAAAAUAUUUCAUUUUUCAUAUGAUCCCAAAGAGGUGAAUUUCAUUGAAAAAAUAAUUUAAAGAAAAAAUUUGAGUUUUUCAGACAUCAGCGACAUCCACAACAGUGAAGGCGGCAGUGAAGACACAAACGCUCGCGCCGAAGAAGUCUGUUUCUUUUCCAAAUGUUUCUCCGAAAAAAUGACAGAAGUUUUUCCUAAUUCGAAUUUUCAACUUUAUUUCCAUAGAGUGAGAUCCAUCCUGUGCAAAAGAGUUGAAGUUAUUUUUUCAAUGGUCAUUCGUUUCAGCUCCCAAUCACGGUAAUCAUCAAAAUUCAAAGAGAUUUCACAAGUCAAACUCAAUAAUAUGAUAAAAUCAGAUAAAACCAGGGAAUUUGAUGAAAUGGAUAACUUAAAAGUUGAAAAAGUAGAAGCGAGAUUAUCUAGAAAAAGUAUUGAAAAAGUAAAAAAAAAAGAAUCGGUUCUUCUCGCUUCUUUAUUGGAAAAUGGGAUUUCAAUACCGUCUUCAUUGAUAGAACUUCAGUUUUAUUUCUGAGAAACCUUAUUGACUUUGUCAAGUUAUCUAUUCCUUCUAACUGAUGUAUUCGCAAUUCAAGGUGGAGGUGAUCGAGCCGCCGCACCACGAGAGACGGGUCUCCGUCGUCUUCAUCCUUUUCAUCAUGCUCGGUGAGGGAAAAAACAAAAAAGGGAGAAGCUUUCUCUUCCCUCUCUCUGCAAAAGUACUCUCUCAUCCUUCUUCCGAACCUCAACUUGAUUCGACUUGGCAUCGAAAUGAUGAUAUCGCCGAGAGGCCGCCACUUUUAUUUUGCAAUAUUUUUGGCCUCCAACCCAACUCCGCAGAAUGUAUCGACUUGGCCAUUUUCGGCUUUGAACAAAACAAAAAAAAAGAAGAGGGUUAGGUUUAACGAGCUCUUUCGUUAGGGGUGUGGAAAGAAUGUGGAAUAGGUGUUUUCACGAAAAGAGUUUUUCUUCCAAGAAAGACUCAAAAAGCAUAUCCUUUUUGUAAAAAAAGUGUAGAAAAAAAUAGGCUUUUUUUCUAGCCGAGCUGUUGAUUUUUCAGAAUUACCUUUCUGAAAAACUCAUGAUUCCUUUUUUUAGAGAUGAUUCUCUUUAAAAAGAAAAAACUAGUUUUAAAUAAAUAAUAACUUUUACAGGCUACGUGGCCGGCGGUGCCUAUAUUAUUCGUUACUGGGAGUCCUGGACGUUUUUUGACGCCUUUUAUUUUUGCUUUGUUACGGUCACCACAAUCGGUAGGCGGUUCCGAAUAAUGCCAGCGAUAUCGCGUUUCUUUUCUCAGGGUUCGGCGACAUCGUGCCGCUAAAUGUAGAUUUUUUUCCUGCCACUCUUGCCUACAUCGUACUAGGGUUGAUAAUCACGACAAUGUGCAUCGGUGAGCUGGAGAACUUUGAAGAAAGCAUGAAAAGAAUAUUUUGAGAUCUCGUGGGUAGCGAGUACAUCCGCGACAUCCACUUUUAUGGGCGGAGCCUCGGUCGCUCAUUUAUGACCAUUGGUGGGAAGGUAAUUCAGCCAGAAAACUCACCACGUUUGCUUAACGACUUCAUAAGAAACAAAUUGUUCUUCUUUCUCAUUUCUCCCGUUCACGGUGAUGUCCGUAGAAGAAGAGAAUAGUAGGAAAAAUGAAAACAGUUCAACAUUCUGACCAUUAUCACCAGUCUCCAUCGUGUGAAAUGCUUCCAUUCGCUAACUGAUUAAGGUCGUUCACCUGGGCGAAGUUUUCGGCUACGUGGCGUUUCUUCAGAAGAACUACGGUCUCACGCCAGAGCAACUCAAUAAAUUAGCCCAACUGCCAGAGGUUUCUUGCCGUUUUUAUCAGUUUGCAUUUAUUGAUUCAGGAAUAUCUGCUCGAUUGCUUGAUAAAUGGCCGGCAGCCCGAUCUCAACUUCAUCGGUGGACGGUAUGCUCUAACUAAAAAGAAUUUCGCAUGGAGAUUGACGCGCUUUUUUGUAGCGAUCACCGAGAAAGUUUUCAGCAAAAAAAUAUUGUAACGCUUGAAGAGAAGUGAUAUUCAAGUUGAAAACUUUGUGAACUCACACGAUCAUACAAUUUUUUUUCUUUUUGCAAGCCUCAUCUGAACACUGAUUCAUUUAAAGACGAAAAAAAAAAUGGAAGAAGAUGAUAUUCGCAAUCGAUAUAAUAAUUUCUUUUUUACCUUACCGAAGAGAAUAGAGGAAUUAUCCAGAUAGCAUUCGUAAGAUUCUCCUCAUAACUUUGAAGAAAACAUUUGCAAAUGUGAACGUUCCUGUCCAUCUCAGCUGACUUCUCUGGGAUUUCUUAUGAAAUUUUCCCAAUCGAUACUUUCAGACCGUAUGUUCCACCGGAUAUCUACUAUUUCAAGUGGAUAGAACACCCUCGGACGCUUUCUUUCGCGUCAGAUCGUGUUCUGCAAAGCAUGGAAAGCCUCGACCUCAACACCAGCAGGUGAAUAAAAGUUUUUAGAAAUAAUAUGGAAAACCUUGGACUCCGCUGAUUAAAUAAAUUUACUUGGAAAUGUUGCAAUAUACCAGUGUUUUUUUAGCUAAUAGUUAGACUAAUAAUUAUUUUUUUCUUCAUUUCAGAUGUUCAACAGCGCGAACAUUGACUCCUCGGGAAUAUUAUCAGAAGAUCCUGUUCCAGUACUGCAAGCAGUUGCAACCAGAAGAAGCCAUCAUGGACAUCGAUUCAUGA